CCUUUCUGCGGUUCUCGGACUGAAUCGGUUCGGCACAACAGUUUAAAAACACAACAGCGCAUCGGUGAGAAAGAUUAGAGCUGCUGGGAUCGGAUAUGGACUCGUAUUGAUCAGAAGAGAGAGAGACAAUGCUGGUGGAUGUCUGCUCCGUGUCGUAUUAAGGCUAAACGAAGCUCAGUGAUGGAUCCGUUAUCAUUGCUCUAUUGUCCGGUUAUUAUCCUUUGUCAUAGCUGUUAUUCAGCGUUAUAGUCGGACCGGAAACGCGCAGAUGAUCUGAGAACAUGAGCGCGUUUUUUCCCUUAUGCACCUCCAAGAUGGAAGAUUUCUUGUGUUGUUCUAGAGGAUGAUGGAGAGCCUGGUUGCGCAGUGCAGAACAUGGUACAGCUGCACUGUUGUUGGAUGGCCAAUGUGAUCAUGAUCAUGAGUAUUGUAUGACUGCUGUUUUUACAUAAAAGCUUUAAAUCUGCUUAGCGUCACUCUACAGUUCCGUCCAUAAGGCUGAUAUUCUUCUUCUUUGUCAUCAUCAUCGCUGACUCGAAGCGGACAGAGCGGUGUAAAGCCGCUCUUUUCCAGCCCCUACAGAUGAGAGGCAAACAGUAUCAGCAGAUCAAACCUGCAGGACCUCGAGAGACCGGCAGUGACUAUGGAAGGAAACUCAGAACGUACCAAAACCCUGUGAAAAUUAUCGAUCAGCCCGGCAUUGUGAUGAAGGUGCUGAGGAGGAAGCGGAUUAUUUUAUUUGCGGCCUAUUUCCUCCUGCUGGUUUUGACCAUGUUGAAUUUGGCCAAUUACAGAUGGAGCAAAGAGCCACAGCAGUGCAGCCACCAGGUGAGGAGCACCACAUACCAGGGGCGUUCUGACAUCCGAUACCUUUACAGACCUGCUUUGGUUAAGAAAAGGCAGCUUGUUUACGUCUUGACCACAUGGCGCUCAGGGUCAAGCUUUUUUGGCGAGUUGUUCAACCAGAACCCUGAUGUGUUCUUCCUGUACGAACCCAUGUGGCACAUAUGGCAAAAGCUGUACCCAGGUGAUGCUGUGUCUCUGCAGGGUGCAGCGAGGGACAUGCUGAGCUCACUUUAUCGCUGCGAUCUCUCUGUGUUCCAGCUGUAUAACAGCCCCGGGGGCAAAAACAUUACCUCGCUUGGCCUGUUUGGUGCCACGUUGAACAAAGUAAUCUGUUCAUACCCACUGUGUUCUGCGUACAGGAAGGACAUGGUGGGCAUGGUGGAUGACAAAGUGUGUAAAAAAUGUCCGCCGCAGAGCCUCCGUCUGCUGGAGGAAGAGUGUCUGAAAUACAACACUAUUGUUAUUAAAGGGGUGCGCAUUCUGGAUGUCAAUGUCUUGGCUCCUCUGAUGGAAGACCCCUCGCUGGAGCUAAAGGUCAUUCACCUGGUGAGGGACCCCAGAGCUGUGGCCAACUCCAGGAUCAAAUCCAGACACGGACUGAUCCGAGAGAACCUGCAGGUUGUCAGGAGCCGGGAUCCCAAACUCCGCCGGCUACCACUUGCAGACGCCAGUCAUAAAGCGAACAAAAAGGAUGGAGCUGACUAUCACUCUAUAGGAGCCAUGGAGGUGAUAUGUGAUAGGACCCACAGAACCUUGAGGACGGCAUUAAAUCCUCCCAGUUGGCUGAAAGGGAAGUACUUGGCUGUGCGGUACGAGGACCUGGUGGAAAAUCCAGUCAAGGUCCUGCGUCAAGUUUACCGCUUUGUUAACCUUAGCACCAAUCAAGACGUGGAGUCUUUUGCCCUCAACAUGACUAAUGGAACAAACUCUUCCUCUAAGCCGUUCAUUGUGUCGUCCAGGAAUGCCACGCUGGCGGCGAGCGCUUGGAGGACUCUCCUCAGUAUCCAACAGAUCAAACAAGUGGAGGAUUACUGCCACCAGUCUAUGGCCGUGCUGGGCUACGAACGCGUACGAACAGCCGCAGAGGCUAAAGACUUGAGCAAAUCCUUACUGACUACAUCCAAACUGUGAUGCAAACCUCUCACCAAAAAAAUGCCCAUAUGAAUGAUUUUCCGUUGUAGUUCGGUAACCGUGGAGCUUUAUUUUGGUUCAGUGUUUCACUGAGGGAUUUGACAUGCGCUUAGGAAUGUAUUGUUUUGUUAUUAUUACUUUUUCUUCUUCAAUUGAUUUUUUUAGUUCUGAAAAAUUUUAAACUGUCAUGGCUUUACUAAGUGGAUCGAUAAUGUAUGUGUAUGACAAAAACUGCACCAUGACUCGAAUAACGAGAUGAGCCUUGAUGUAAUGAGAAUCACGUGUCUUGCGUCGACAAUGCUUUAGGCCUUUUUUAUUUCUUAUUUCUUUGAAGGUUUUUGACACUCAGUUUCAUUUGAAUUUGUUUGCUCCGUUUCAAUGAAAAAAAAAAAAAUCAAACCUUAAACACAAAAACCGUCAAAGCUCUUGUUCUUAAAGCAGAUGAUGCUGUUUAGUUAGUGCAAGAUGCUCUCAGAGACAAUCAUUAAAGUGCUCUGUAAUGUU